GCAUGGUAUAAAAAUGCUCUGCGAAUGGACGUGGAAAACAAGAACGGAGUAAAAUUAAAUAACAUUAAAGUAUAUAGCAAAUAAGAAGAGAGCCGUUUUAUGUAAUGCGGAUACAGUAUAAUUGAUUUCACAAUGACUACAAUGAGUGCACCAGAAAAUGAAUCCGGAACGAACUGUGCAGCUGAUGAGACGGCUGAAAAUACGGAAGAAAAUGACAAACUGGCGCUUGCCGAGUAUAUUUCUGGCCUGGAAGCGAGAAUAAAACAGAAAACUGAAAUGAGAAAUAGUAAUUUGAAUUGCGUUCGACCUCCAGACAACCACUUUUCAAAAUUAGAUUCGGGCUUAAAAAAGAACACCACUUUUGUAAAAAAAUUAAAGUCUUUCAGUGCUAUUCAAAUGGACGCGUUACUGAAAGAUUUCAGUGUACUGAAUCUUACCAAAUACAUAUCUGAGGUAGCAGCUGCCAUAGCGGAAGCAAAGUUAAAGAUGUCAGACAUACCAGCAGCAAUAAACUUGUGUUCAGCGCUUCACCGCACAUACUCAGAAUUCUCUUCGAAUUUCUUUGAAAAUUGGCAAAAACUACUUAAAGUGACAGAUAAAAUAACAAAUUCUUCUAAAUUGCGUGUGGAUAUCAGAUUUUAUGCAGAGUUAGUAGCAGUGGGUGUGUUCCCUAAUAAAAUAGGUUUGCCUCUUCUGGGCAAUGUCCUGACUGUUCUGAUCAACAUGGACAAGGAGGAGCCCAACAAUAUCCCGAUACUGUUGUCAUUCUGUAAGCACUGUGGGGAGGAUUAUGCAGGGUUAGUACCCAAGAAAAUCAAGGAUACUGCAGAGAAACUUAAUGUGCAAAUUCCACGAAACACAUUCCUGCCAGCCGAGAAGCAGGCAGUUGUUCGCCAGCUACUCAAGGACUACUUUGCCACAUUACUGAAGCACUUGAUGGAGGAGCGGACGCAGCUCCAGGCACUCCACGCAGCCAAUCAGAGGACACUGCACACGCGCGGGGAGCUCUCGCAGGAGCGCAAGGACCAGCUGGAACAUCACCAGGCAACCUACGACAAAUUGCUAGCUGGCGCGCAAAGUUUCGCCGAGGUACUGGGCGAGGAGCUGGGUGAAGCCGGUGAACCCCCGACACUGUCCAUGACUGUAAUAGAAACGCCCGGCACAGUUACCAUCGGCGGCACUGAGGAGUUCAACAUGCAGGCUGGGACUGACCCCUGGCAGGAUGAGGACACGAGGACGUUCUACACGCAUUUGCCAGAUUUGAAAGUGUUUAUGCCUAACUAUCAAUUAAAGGAGACAACGAAAAGUAAGACUGAAACCGUGACAGAAGAGAUGCUGGACGAAGACCUGAAAGAGGAUGAACUGAGCGACAGUGAGGAGCCCGCCGUGCCCGACGUGGAGGACGACCACCAGCCCACCAGCGUCUCCAACAAAUACGCUCUUGAUGCAUUUUUGAACGAACUGCCCAACUGUAUCAAUCGAGAACUCAUUGACAACGCCGCCGUAGACUUCGUCUUGAAUCUCAACACCAAAAACAACAGGAAGAAACUGACCAGGGUGCUCUUCAGUGUUGCCAGGACCAGAUUAGAUUUGUUGCCAUUUUAUUCCCGGUUUGCUGCAAAUCUGUAUCCAGUGUUGCCUGAUGUGUGCAUCGAUUUAUGCCAAAUGUUGAAGCAAGAUUUUAAGUAUCAUGUUAGGAAAAAGGAUCAGAUCAAUAUUGAGUCAAAGAUUAAAGUAGUGAGAUUCAUUGGUGAAUUAGUAAAGUUUGGUCUGUACUCCAAAAUGGAAGCCCUAUACUGCCUGAAAGUGUUACUGCACGACUUUAAACAUCAUCACAUAGAGAUGGCGUGCAAUCUGCUGGAAACGUGCGGGAGGUAUCUCUAUUGCAAUCCGGAUACUCAUCAGAGGACUAUGAUUUAUUUACAGCAGAUGAUGAGGAAAAAGACUGUUUCAGCCCUCGACUCGCGCUACGUAACUCAAAUCGAGAACGCGUUCUACUACGUGUGCCCGCCCGAAGCCCCGGCCCAACCUAAAGAGGAAGAGCCACCCAUGCACCAGUUCAUCAGAAAAAUUCUCCACGAAGAUCUGCAGAAGAGCAAUGAGGAAAAGAUCUUCAGACUGAUGCGGAAGAUUAACUGGGAGGAUCCGGAGAUAGCGGCGGUUGCUAUACAGCAUUUGGCGGGCGGGUGGCGCGUCCGCGCUAGUGCGAGGAGGGCGCUCGCACGGAUGGCGGCUGAACUAGCUGCUUGGCAGGAGAUGGUGGCGCCGUGCGUGGUGGACACGGUGCUGGAGGACAUCCGCGCCACGCUGGAGGACCCGCACCCGCGCCACAACCAGCGCCGCAUCGCCACCGUGCGCUACCUCGGCGAGCUCUACAACUACAAGCUCCUAGACUCCCGCGACGUCUUCACCGUGCUCUACUCCUUCAUCACCUUCGGCGUCACCAACGACCACGCGCUCCCCUCCCCCCUCGACCCCCCCGACAACGUCUUCCGGAUCAGACUAGUCUGCGCCCUCCUAGAGACCUGCGGCGCCUACUUCAACAGCGGCUCCAGCAAGAAACGCCUCGACUACUUCUUGAUCUUCUUCCAGCAUUACUACUGGUUCAAAUGCUCCGAUCCCGUUUGGACUGAGGAGUACAAAUUCCCUAUCUACGUCAAGUAUAUAUAUCAGGAGUGUUUAAUGACGCUCCGACCGAAGUUAACCCUUUUCACCGACUGGCAACAAUGUAAAGACGCAAUAGAGGAGUUAAGGCAAACGUUGUAUCCUGAAUUAGGCGAGGAGGAAUAUGACAAUGAGGACCAGGGUGACGAUAGUGUGAAUGACGGGUUGGAUACUAUAAUAGAGACUGAUGACGAGACUGACAACCCUCAGUUGAUGGACGAGAGCUCGGACGACGAGCCGCUGACGGAGAACGCUGGUGCGGAGGAGAAUGAGGUCCACAGUGACGACAAUAAUAUGAGCAACGAGCCGAGGAGACCCGCGCCUAAGCCGGUUGAAGACGUAGAAUUCGAGUCAGCAUUCGAGAAGAUGGUGAUGGAAAACAUCGCGGAGCGUCAGCGCGAGAACCGGCCGCAGCAGCGCGACAUCGCGGUGCCCAUGACCUGCCGCCAGACCACCAAGAAGACCUACGACCAGCUGCUGGUAGGCUCUCAAGGGGAGGAAGGCGUGGAGUUCGUGCUGAUGGUCCGGAAAGGCACGAAGCCGCAGUACAAGUCGUUCAACGCGCCGCCGGAGCUCGCCAGCAACCUGCAGCAGCAGGCGUUGGCUGACAAGCAGGAGAAGGAAAGAGUCAAACGGUUAACCUUGAACAUAUCAGAAAGGCAAGAAGAAGAAGAAUACAGCGCCGAAAGCGGCGGCGGGUCCGGCGGUCUCGGCAACCCAAACCGUGGCCAGCACGUCCGCCAGAAGUACCAACACCCCAAGGGAGCUCCAGACGCAGACCUCAUCUUCGGACCUAAGAAAUUCAAAUGAAACAGACUCAAUCGAAUCAUGAGUCUUGUCUUCUACUGGUGGCAUUCACUUCAAAUGUUUCGAUGGAACGUUGGCCUUCCGUGUAGUGAGUUGGUCGGAUUUGUAUUUGUACUUCAAAGUACUGUUGUAUCUCUUUGUUAUUAAAUGAAGCGAGGAAA